CACCUGGCCACACCUCCGGGAUCACUCAACAGCUCCGCCUCCUCGCUGCUGAUUGGCCACCGGAACUGUUGCUCAGGAGAGGCACACAGGCGGCCAAUCACCGGCGAGGAGGUGGAGCUUGGAGAGGAGGAGCCGAGCGGCAGCGCGCGUAGCUCAAAGAAGAUCGAGGGAGCUGCAGGAGCGAGUGAAGAGAGAGGCCAGAGAAGGAAGACAGCUGACAGCAGCAAAAUUGCAGACUGUAGAUGGGAGAGGGAGAGAGCGAGCCCAGGCUGGAGCAGGAGUCAGCAAGGUAAGUAUCAUUGGUGUCAGUGGAAG